GGAUACCAGACGACGUUAUCAGUGGUAUAACCCAAUCACUAUGACGAUUUCAAAGAUAGACAAAAAUCUCGGAGUCCACUGUACUCUCCUCAUUAGUCUGCAUAAGUGAUCCGCUCGCUCUGCAGUUCUUUACUAAGUCUGUUUGGCCAAUUUAGGACGCUGACGACAAUCGACGACUUGCGUGAAGAAGAAGAGUGGCCGUCGGGGAGGAAAAACAAUAACAAUGGCCCCCUUACCAGAGAAAAGAUUUUGCGUUCCUGAUCUCCAGAAGGAACGCGCCAACUGCAAUUUCGAUCAGGAGGAAAUAACGAACUUGAUUGAUGGUGGUGCUGAUCAGACGGCCCUGCGAAGAAAAAUUGAACACUUCUUCUUCAGCGAUAAAGAAUUUUUGGAUCCAGUCAGGCCAGAAUACAUGAGUCAUGAAGAUCGAUAUGCCAAUGAAUUAAGGAAAGCCUGCCAUAUGAUGCGGAAAAUCAAUGAAGAUGACGAAAUUCAGCAAUUCGCUGGUAAUAUGGAAGGUAUGAGGAUGCUAGUUGGAGCAGGAGUCGGCGCAGCACUUUGCAAAGAUGGCAACCCUCUUUCUGUACAUUUUGUUAUGUUCCUUCCUUGCCUUGUUGGUCAAGGAACAAUAGACCAACAAGCAGAGUGGCUUGGUCGUGCCUGGGCAGGAGAAAUUAUUGGGACAUAUGCACAGACUGAAAUUGGUCAUGGAACAUUUUUACGGGGCCUUCAAACAACAGCCACAUAUGACCCAGACACACAGGAGUUUAUCCUGAAUUCUCCAUCAAUUACUGCUUCAAAAUGGUGGCCAGGAGGAUUGGCUAAAACCGCAAAUUAUGCUGUAGUUAUGGCUCAGCUUUACACAAAAGGAGUGUGCCACGGUGUUCAUGGAUUCAUUGUUCAACUUCGGGAUGAAGAGACUCAUAAGAGUAUGCCAGGUGUAAUGGUUGGAGAAAUUGGACCACGAUUAGGGUUGAACACAAAUGACAAUGGCUUCUUGAUGUUUAAGAACUAUCGUAUUCCGAGGAAGAAUAUGCUAAUGAAGUUUUCUCAGGUUUUAGAGGAUGGAACAUACAUAAGGCCCAAAAAUGAUAAACUUACUUAUGGAACAAUGGUGUUUGUCAGAGUAGCUAUUUGCCAUGAUUCAUGUCGACAACUACAAAGAGCAGUCACUAUUGCUACUCGUUAUUCUGCUGUCCGACAUCAGUCUGAGCUGAUUCCUGGUGAACCAGAACCUCAGAUUCUUGAUUAUCAAACUCAGCAGUACAAGUUAUUACCAUUGAUAGCAUCAGUAUUUGGAAUUCAGUUUGCGGCAAUGCAUGUUUGGAAGACCUACCAACAAUUGACAGAGGAUAUAGAAGCAGGAAGCACUGCUUUGUUACCUGAGGUACAUAUUUUAUCAUGUGGUUUAAAGGCCUUAAGUUCAAGCGAUACCAGUUCUGGAGUUGAAAUCUGCCGUCUAGCAUGUGGAGGUCAUGGCUAUUUGGCUUCAUCUAACCUCCCACGUAUAUAUACCAACACAACUGCAGCCAUAACCUAUGAGGGAGAAAACACUGUCAUGUGGCUGCAAGUAGCAAGGUACCUUAUCAAAUCAUGUCGAGAAGCUAGUCAAGGUCAACCUUUGACUAAAUCUGUGUCUUAUCUCACUGCAAACCCAGUAUCUGCACACGAAAACAAAGAUCUAUCUAAUGCAGGCUUAGUGGAAGUUUUCAAGAGUGCCGUGUCUUCCAUGGUCUCUGAAAACUACAAAAGGUUGCAGCAGUGUUGUGAUGAAGGGGAACAAUAUGAACUUGCUUGGAACAGAUGUUCAGUGCUACUAGCUCAGUGUGCAGAGGCUCAUACACGAUACUUUGUCUGUGAACAGUAUGUUCAGAAUGUUGAGAAUCUGGAAUUUAGUGAUGGAGUUCGCAGCAUUUUGCGCCAGUUGUGUCGUCUCUACCUCAUUCACCAGAUUACACUGAACCAGGGAUUGUUUUUGAGGACAGGGACCCUUUCCUCUGCUCACAUCAGUACUUUGGAAGGAGAACUCUGUGAAUUACUGGCCCUGCUUCGUCCAAAUGCUGUUAAUAUAGUUGAUUCUUUUGAUCUCCAUGAUCGAGUGCUAGACUCAACACUUGGAUGCUGGGAUGGGGAUGUGUAUCAAAGGAUGUUUGAGGAAGCUUUGAAGAGUCCCCUGAAUCAAACAGAUGUUCCUGAAGCAUAUCACAAGUAUCUACGACCUUUAAUGAAAUCAAACUUAUAAAUUGAUAGAAUCACUGUUGAGUGUUAAAGAUAUUUUAUAUAUUUUCUAGAUAUUUUUAUAUAUAUAAUAGAAUUUGUUUUAUUGUAUAUAUGUCUAUUAACCAAAACAAUUAUUAUAUAUGUAGUAGUAGUUAUUUUUUACACCAGGCCUGGCCUUCACCUGACUACUGCAUAAAUGCUGAUUUAGGCAAGCCAUAAUAAAGUAGUGCUCAGAUAUUACCAGUAGCAUAAUGAGAUUUUUUUUGAAGAGUGUGAUGAUAAUUUUAUCAUCCUUGCACUAACAAUUGAUGUUUGGAUUGUAGCUGUAUAAAGAGCCAACUGCUACCAAACAGCCAUCAUGACUAAUAAAAUCUUUUCAGAUCUUGGUUAUAUCAGGAGAAAAAUGAAAUGUAUGCAGUUUUACUCAGGAGAAAUCACUUGAAUUGUUUAUAAAUUAAUAGGGGUAAUUUUGGAAACACCAUGAUGUGUAUUUUGCUUAAAGCUGUGUAUGCACAUUAUUGAACUUAUAUAUAGUUUUAGAAUACUGUAUCUGAAAAAGAUUCUUAAAAACAUUACACAGUAAGAGAUUGUUGCUAUUUUAAAUAUGUAGAAUUGUAGGCCUUGCCUAUAGAAUUCUGCCCUGAAGAUGAGGUUUGGGGAGCAGUUGGAACUUUAAAUAGAAAGGCAACCAGUGGUCUGAAAGUGUUGGUUCAGUUGAAGAUCUUAUAGUAAUUAUAACUUUAUUCAAUGUUUACAUGUAAAUUUGAAAUUACUGUUGAAGACUGGUGUGAUUAAUUACCUGAUGAUGAUAACUGCCAAAGGCCAGGCUAAUUAUAUUGGGUAUUAUUUUAUGGACCUUGCUAAUUAAGGGAUAAAAUUAUUUGUUUAUAGUUAUAAGGCCAAUGUAUUAAAGAACGGACUUCCCUUACUGUAUAUAAAUUUUAGCCCAAGAAAUCCAUUCAGUGACCGUUUCUUUUUUGUCCUGAUCCACCGUAAUCCAAAAUUCAAAUAUCUACUUUCCUUAUAUUAAAUACUCUCCCUGAGCAAAAUUAAUAUGGUACAAAGCCCUUAUAAUAACCUUCAAACCCUUAUGGUACAAAGUUAAUAUUACUGAUUUGAAAAAUUUACAAAAUUUAAAUUUGUACCAUCAUAUAAGUCUACCGAAAUUCAGUCCUCUUAGAUAUAAUGGCAAAUAUCUUAUGCCUCCAGUUGAACAACUUUAGGUGUAUCAUAAGUAAAAUUUUAAAGAUAUUGGUUGAAAAAGAUGUGGAAAUAACAGCCUGAAGCUAUGCAAGGUUUUAAGAUGUGGGAGUAACCUAACUAUGGGCGGAUGAUGUGUCGGCAUUACCUGGACCAAGUUUCAAGUCUACUGAGCACAGGUCAGGUGUUGAUUAGUUUAGAUAGGAUAAGGCGCUGUUGGUUAAUUUUAAUGGUACUUUAAUCAAAUUUACUGUAUUCUAUUGUCACAAGCUAUAUUGUGCUGACAUGAUACAAAUUAUGUGCUCCAUUUUGUGGGUUAUUUGUGGAAAAUCCCUCAUAAUUGCAAAACCUGAAUGAAUUUUUAUUAUACUCAUGUUUCAUAUUCACUCUACUAUAUGUCAUACCUAGCACAAGACAAUAUUCCAAACUUUUUAAGCAUACUGAUUUCCAUUGUUCAUUUAGUGGCCAGCCCUAGGAAGGGCAUUCUAAAUUGCAUGUUGUGCAUUAUCAUAUUUAUUACUCUUACUCUAUAUGGUAUGCAAAAAAAAUUCCAAAACAUUAUGAAAUAUAGUUUUAGAAAGAUAUUACUUUAUUCAAAUGUUUGAGGUUUUCUCGGAAGAGUACUGGUUACUGUCAAGGUUCACUGAAAUGAUGCUAAUAUGAGACUCCUCCAUAUUUGCAGGUAUAUGUUUUAAAUCUAGCAUGUAUCAUGUGCUGUGAAGUGCAUUUUGUAUUUGUGAAUUUGUUAGUGCAUAGAUCCAAACCAAGCAAUACUUUUAACAUAGACAUGUAAAUUUUUUUCCUAGUAGAGGAUGUCUUAGCCACUUGUGUAUGCCCUUUAAACACAUGGAACACUAGCACAGGACUUAUAAGUUAACACUCACUAUAUGGUGAGUGUACAUUAUAUGCAGAAUAUGAUGUUGUUUACAGAUUAAAUAUAAAGCACAAAAUUAACAAGUCUGCUAUGUUGCAUCUUUUAGAGGGAUGCCCUAGAUAAUUUGGUUGAGAUGGAAACUUGAAAAAAAGUUUACAGUUUAAGGAACGGACACUGCUAACAAAGCACAAUGGAAGGGGGACCCCAUUAAAUGUAAUUUUAUUGAAGUAUUAUGAGACAGCAAUAAGGAAGACAAAUGUAGUGUGUUUUGCAAAGUAGUUAUGUUUAUGCUACUUUGCUCAAAGUUAAUGUUUUGAAAGUGGUUCUGAUGAAAACACAUUUUAGUCCCAUUUUAGAUAUAUUUAAAGUGUUCAUGUGCCAACAAAGCUGAAAUAUUUGACAUCAUAAUAUGCUGUUUGGUAAUAGUCUUAUUAGAAUAUAAAUGAAAGAAUGUGGUCCAUAUAUUUGACCUCCAGACUUCCAGCUUGAACUAGUAAAAAAAACUGCAAUAUCUGAUAUAACUGUAAUAGUUUAGUUCAUCUAAGAUAGAUAUAUAGGUCAGAAAAGUAUUUGCUUUCACAUAAUGAAUGCAAAAAGUUAAAAGGGACAUUAUUUCAAAUUAUAGUAACUAGCUUAACAAUGUUUAGUCUUGGUACCCCAUAUUUUAUAGAGAGAACAGAUUGGAUCAUUCAUUAAAAGACUACUGAAUUAAAUGGCAAAAUAGGUAUCUAUCUGAAUCCACUUAUAGUGUAAUGUUUGAAGCCUUUAGUGGAAUAAUUUAAAACAUACUUUGAGUAUCCACGAACUAAAAUUUCUGUGCACUGAUAAGUUUGAAAUGUACUGACAGUGUACUCCAUAAUAAACACUCUCUUGUAAUAUUUGUUAUGCUUGAAUUUCAUGGAGUACAACAUCUUAAGUUAAUUACACAGCCUGUUAGGCAGUCAUUAUUUUAAGGGUUUUUGCAGUGUGUAGCAUGAUUUGUUUUUAUUAUCCUCUUUUCAUAAUAUGAAGCUGAUAUUGUUUUCUUUACAUGAUGAAGGUUUCACACUACUGGGAAGUUAGAACGUAUUUUUAUUACAGGAGGUAUCUUGACUUCUCAGCAUAUUAAAGUACAAGCCUAUUAUGUUUUUGUUUUAGCUCUACAAGUUACUAUACUUUGAAAUAAUGGCCCUUUUAUCUUUUUGCACUCAUUACGUGAAAGCAAAUGAGUGUCUCGCUGGAAGUUGGUCUCCCUCUUAAUCUUUGUACUGUAUAUGAGCAUGUGUAUAGGGAAAUGGAGCUUCUCGAUGAAUCUUUUUCUAAUGUGUUAGCGUUAUUUGAAAAAGUUGAGAAGAUUCUUUAAUAUUUAAACAUUUUAAUAAACUGUCCAUUUCCAUUUCCCAACAAGUCCUUUAAGAUUUCAUGUUUGACUAAAGGACGAAGUUUUAAUGGAAUAUCUUCACCGCACUGGGUGUUGCUUUCUUCCAUGCUGUGCAAUCGCUGCAAGUUGAAAUGUUAUUAAAUUUUCUUUUGAUUACACUUUAAUAUACAUAUAGAUCAAGGCGUAGGUAAUAUCGAAGUUUUUGGUUUAAAAAACUACUUAGCUUACAUGAUUUUAGGUAUUUCUUAGUACUUAAUUAAAUAUUUUUGACUCUCUCACAUACUAUGAAGGUAGACAGCUCAUGCUGUAUUUCAUCAUGCAUUUUCACUCUUACUUUUAGCAAAGUUUUAGAUGUUGGAUAUAAUGUUCAGUAGUACAACUUUGUAUGGUCUGUAAAUUACAUAACCAAUUUGUGUACAUAAAUGGUGCUAACAAUGUUAAAAGUAAGUAUUGACCACUAUGUGCAUGGAAUAGCAAUAUGGAAUUUGGAAAGGUAUAUGUAGCAGAACUUUUGAUAUAGUGUAUAUUUGAGUGUCAUAAAUACAAUUAUUGUCACUUAGCUUUUAUAUGUAAGUACUGAAAGACAGGGUUAUUUCAUUCAUUACAUUCAUUAAAGUAAUUUUACUGAAUUUGCCAUCGUGCCUAACCAAAUGUCCUCAAAAUUUAUGUUUUUAAUGUCUUAGUUGAUAGUCUGUGUAUCAAAAGAACUUUGUUGAUUUCCUUUGGUGUGGCAAUAAGCACAUAUCUUUUUGCUAGGUUUUAUUUGUUGUUUACAUCUUCAAAUAAUACUUGAGGGUAGUGGUGAUUAUUACCUGUAUUUGACCAGUGUGAAUUUGAUUGCUUUCCCAAAAAUGAAAAUAUCCUUGAAAUGAAGUUUACAGUGUGGAGUCUAUAAGGAAUGAUUUGUGCAUUUACCAUGUUUUAGUCAUGUUGCUUAACAACAACCGUGGUUCUAAUGCAUAAAUUUUUUCAUAAAGUUUUAUAAGAAUAAGGCAUUUAGUAGUCAUUGUAUACUUGUUAGUUAAUGGACCCCUUUCAUAUUUUUUUAUGGUCCUUAGUUGCCAUAGUUGCUUUAAUGACUGUUAAAGAACUGAAAUAUUUUGAAGGAUAAAAAAUGUAUUGCAUAAAUUAUAAUAAAAGUUAUAAUAUUUGAUGCCAAAAGUAGAGCAGGAAUGCAUUACUAGUUACUGGGACCAUAAGCAAGUAUUGUAAAGGAGAUUUUCUGAAAGCAGAACCGCACAAUACUCUCUUGAUUUUAUUUGUUUCUAGUUUACUUGUUAGUUAUUCAUCUUCUGCUGACAGAGGUGGGCAACUGAUUUUCUCUCCAUUUAUGAAUUAUUAUAUUAACUUGACAAAUGUCUGUAAAUUUUGUCAAAUUUAGACUAAGCUUGAGAAAAUAGUAUGUAUAUAUACUUGUGGAAUUAGUAAUUAAGUUGCUAUAAUUCAUUUGUAAAUUCAAAAUGAUUAUUGGUUGGUGAUAAAACCUGUUUUGAUUUUAUAUAAUGAAAUUAUAUUUAUCAGACUGCA